AUGCUGCUGCCGGGCCUCAGGAGCCCGUCGCUGGCCUUCCACGGCGGCAUCUUCGUGGGCUUCGCGGCCACCUUCUACCUCCUCAACGGCGUCCUGCUGCCGUGGCCGGUGCCGCCGGCGCGCCGAGCCCCCCCGGCGGGCGAGGACCCCGCGGGGGCCGCCCAGCACCCCGGGCUCUCCAGCGUGGUCCAGCCGCGCUCCGCAGGAGCCUUCUGCCGCAGGCGGUGCUGUGCCGUGGCGGCCCGUGCCGUGGCCGAUGGUGCCCCCGUGCCCGCAGGGGAGGACCGCAGCGUGGCAGACGAGCUGUACGAGCGGGUGCGCAUCCUGUGCUGGGUGAUGACGGGGCCCCGCAACCUGGAGACCAAGGCCCGGCACGUGCGGGCCACGUGGACGCGCCACUGCAACGUGGCCCUCUUCAUGAGCUCGGAGCGGGACGAGCGCUUCCCGGCCGUGGGGCUGCCCACCAAGGAGGGCCGCGACCAGCUCUACUGGAAAACCAUCCGGGCUUUCCAGUACGUGCACCGGCACCACCUGGGCCAGGCCGACUGGUUCCUCAAGGCGGACGACGACACCUUCGUGGUGGUGGCCAACCUGCGCUGGCUGCUGGCCAACUACACCCCCGAGCGCCCCAUCUACUUCGGCAAGCGCUUCAAGCCCUUCGUCAAGCAGGGCUACAUGAGCGGCGGCGCCGGCUACGUGCUCAGCAAGGAGGCCCUGCGGCGCUUCGUGGCCGCCUUCGCCUCGCGCGCCUGCACCCACACGAGCUCCGUGGAGGACCUGGCGCUGGGGCAGUGCAUGGAGAAGCUGGGCGUGGAGGCGGGCGACUCGCGCGACACCCGCGGCCGCGAGACCUUCCACCCCUUCGUCCCCGAGUCCCACCUCACUGAGAAGUUCUCCAAGAGUUUCUGGUACUGGAACUACUGCUACUACCCCAUCGUGGAGGGCCCCCAGUGCUGCUCGGACCUGGCCGUGUCCUUCCACUACGUGAGCGGGGAGCAGAUGUACGCGCUGGAGUACCUGACCCACCGCCUGCGCCCCUACGGCUACCGGCCCCGCUACCGCCCCCCGCCGCCCGCCCUCGCCCCCCAGCCCCCCGCGCCCCCCAACGCCACCCUGCCAUAGCCCCGGCCCCGCUGCCACCGCCGCCCUCUCUGGCGGCGGCCCCUGUUUGGGAGACUUGCUGCUCUUU